AUGGACCUUUCUACGAAUCAAGCUCUCCAGCUAGGCGCAGACGGCUAUCUAUACCUCACUCCCCCGCCAUCGAGCUCUCUCCCCGCACCAAAGCCUCUCAGCAUUGAAGGAACCACAGAAUGGAUCGGGAACUACGAUUCCUUGACGCACGGAGCCUCCGGCCAACAGUAUAUCACCCCAUACCAGCCCCUCUCCGGUCCUGUCCCCGGCACCCACCGACGAGACACAAGUUCACACUCAAACUCUAACCAAGUCCACCCACGCAAUGCGCUCCAACUCCAGUGCUACCCCUCCCUCGAGCCUAUCUCCCCACACAACCCUCUAAAAAGACUACCCACCUCUCAACACCCUUCCUCAUCCACUAAAACCAAACGCCAACGGCAAGCAGUGCUAGCGAACCCGUCUCCAAUCCAAUCUCGAAGUAGCACACCCGCAUCCGCGCAAUUCUCCCCGGCCGACCUCCACCUCGUGAACCUCCCACCAGUCCCCGCAACACCCCGAUGCCGAACCAAGCGACUCAAGCGAUCCGCGAGUGUCCAGCCCGCCUUGCGAAGCCCACCUCCCCCGCACGAGCCCUCGCCUGUCCUCCCGCGGUCUCACAGGGAUAUCUUCCCUCCGACACCUCAAUCGGAGCCUAUUCCCACUUUGCCCUUGAGCUCGAGCUCGACGCCUCGGCCGAGGGUUGUAAGGCCUUUACCCGCCGGACGCAGGGUCGCACCAGCCAAUACCGGUAAUAUUGGAAGGACCAACACGGCAGGUCCCUCCACUUCCCAACUCCUCAACGUCGACCCCUCAGAAAUAACCAACGAAGAACUAUCACAAUACAUACACACCACUCUCAAGGAGCAUAUGCCCAGUACCAAUACCAACAUGCCCAAUACCAAUCCCAGCACCUCCUCCUCCUCCCACCCACAACAACAACAAGCCCACCAAUUGCAACAACAAGCCCAACUCGACCACUUCCUCGCCACCUGCCUGAUGUACGACCCCUCAGCCGAAUGGCGGCAAUCCGGCGCCCAAGUGGAUUAUACGGAAUUUGAUUCGUGCUUUGAACCGUGGCCUGAGUCUGUACGUCCGUCGAGGGAGAAUAGAGUUGGAGAGGGGUUUUUGGAAGUUGGGAGGGAGAUGAGGAGGAGGUUGGUUGGAGGGAGCGGAGGGGGAGCGCGCGGGGGUGCUGGUGCUGGUGCUGGUGCGGCGAGCGCGAGGGCAGGGAGAGGAAGGGGUACAGCUGUCAGAGGUGGAAGAAGAGGUGGAACGCGUCGACCCGCGACACUUCAACCAGGAACACUCCAACCACCCACUCUUCAACCAGGAACAGGAACACUCCAACCACCCACUCUCCAACCCCGACCCCCCGCACUCACAGUCGCUAUCCCCGGCGGAGGACCCGGGCCCGCGAGCACAGGAACUAUGCGUCCGCCAACAGCCGCGGGGCGGGUACUGGCAGUGCAGACGGUCGCAGAGGCACGAGCGGAUGAGGUCGUCAAGUGCUCUUCUGGGAUUGUCCUCCCUCGUCUAUAUAACCAAUGA